UCAGGACUUAUGGAGUACGAUGCAACAACAAUACUGAAAGUGAAAAUGCAAGGCUCCGUCAUAAUCUGUCCAGAUCAUCGGAUCCAUCAUUGUAUCUACCUUCUUCUUCACAAGGUUGAGACUAUAUCACGAACUUGCAAAGUCGAAGGACGCAAUCGCUGAGGGUUACAACUCACUACGACGAUGGUUUCCAACAGGGACGUGGUCGACUCACAAGCGAAUUAUGAUCCCUGUGAACACGGGUGAGCUGAACCAGGACGGCACGGGUAGUAUUCAAGGCGUGCAUUGGAGUUUGAUGGUUGUAGAGCCUCGGACGAAAGUGAUCAGGUUAUACGAUCCCAGACAUGACACACCAUCGGCGUAUAUGGAAAUAGUCGCAGAUUUCUUGCGAUAUCAAUGGCAGCAAGAGGGAUUAGAUGGAGGGGAGGUUUGGCAGCAGGAAUACAUGACUUCGAACCAGAUCCCGAGACAGACUGAUACAUCGUCAUGUGGCAUAUUUCUAUGCGGAAUAGCUGACUGCCUGUCUGGUAACAUGGCAGUGAAUUCAUUUGGCCAAAGGGACAUAGACGAGAUCCGGCAAGCGAUGGAAAGGUUGUUGAGACACGUGUAUUUGUCAGGUGAAGGAGUAAACGUGGAGUGAUGCAUGCCUUGUAACAAGGAGUUUACAAAUUCCAUACUAGUAUUGCAACGUAGCAGAAAGGUACUUCCAAGAUAAACGCGCAUGAACGG